AUGGAGGCCUUGGGGCAGCUAACCAUGGCCGGGCUGGCCCCGCUGGAGUUGGGGCCUCCGCCUCGUGCCCUGCGGGACCCUGUUGGGCCUUGCAGCUGGCCAGAGACCGGAGCCGAAUCCCUGCCCAGCAUUGACUGGGUGUGGGACCAGCUGUGGAGCCUGCGGAGAAUGGAUAUACUACUGUUUAACCAGCUGUGCACUCUGAGCCUAGAGAUCCAGGCGCUUCAGGAAGAGACAGAGAUCGACCAGGAUGGAGAAGGAGGGAACCUGGGAGCCUCCCCACCAAACUGGCUUAUCCCUGACUUUGAAAUCACUCUCUGAGAACCUGAGGAGCCACUUUAAGGACCUCCGUAUGCCCCACUCAGAGCCUGCACAACCUCCAUGAGAUUCAAGAAGAUUAGCACACAUUUUCGGACAAAAGCAAGUAUUUAUAGUCGAUGGCUAUUGAGCUCUUGCCCUGGAUGAGACCGAUGCAGUGUUUGCGAACGAAUCAAAUUACAGAUGAGAGAAUAUCACAAUUAAUUAUAAUAAUGGCAUGUAAAUUUUCUGGCAAAAAAUAGAUGUUUUGUUGGUUUUGAUGUUUGCAGAUGAGAAA